UUGCGAGCCCACUGAUGUGUGUCAGUACAACUUACUAUCACCGCCAUUGGCUUCUUUUUAUCUUUCUUUCCCCGGUGCGUUUUGGUGACUGCAGCCAAUAACCUGCAUACACACGCACUCGACGUAGCAUCGAAGUGAGACUUUCGGAGAAUACGUGAGGCACCUGAUGCCAAAGUGGGUUGGAAGCUGCAGUUGUAUUCAUUCAUCGUUGCUUGGUGUUCGGUGGGAGCAGCUGGAGUUCUCAUCCGGGCUUGAUGGGGAGCAAUCUGAUGUGUGGGGUUUGGACCUGAACUGUGUUUUUUGGUCUUUGCAGUUAUUUCGGCAGCCAACUUUAAGAAGCUUCUACAUGCGAAACGACAAAGUGAUGCUUUCAGGAAACGUCAUUCAGCUGGUCCAAUCCAUGUUACUUUUCUUCCCGAAAAUGAUUGAAAGAGUCACAAAAAUGCGUGCAAGUUCACUUUCUUCAAAUUCAAGAGGACGGCAAACUACUCAACAACAAAGGCACCUUUAUGAAAGUUAAUUCAGGGUAUUUUUUUUGUUUUUUUAAGCUUGUGGUUGUAUCCGGAACAUGUUUUUCGUCUUUUUUCAAUUUUAUUGGAGGAUGCAGCAAUUUCACUUUUUCAGUUUGAAUUGAGACAUUUUGCCUUCAUUUUUAGAUUUUAUUUUUUUUAAGGGGUGAGUUCCCUCAUCUCACGCCAAGAAACAUGUUGCAUAUCCUUGUGCCUCUGUUUGUGGUGUUGCUUUUGAGAGUGGCCGACAGCCGAGUCGUAGACGGACUGCAGCGAUAUACUUCGAUUCCUACAUAUCUACCUGUCACGUACCAGGUGCUCAACAGUGAUUUAGUGUUCUUUCUAAAAGAAAGCAAUCAAGACUUCAUGAGGAACUCUAGCCUGAUGUCACGCACUGAGUCUUUCUUCAUCUACCAGGCCAGGAGUUUGCCCUCAGUGAACUCCAGCUAUGGGCCCCUGUCUGUGGAGCAACCGAUCCCCUUAGAACUCCUCCAGAGCCCAGGAUCCUUUCCUGCUUCUUCACUUUUUACAGUUAAUUGGAAGGUUCAGACUUUUAUCAUGAAUACCAAGAUUCAUCUGGCCAAGCCCAAAGUUCAGGUUCUAUUUUACAUUGCAGGCAGGGACUGGGAUGACUACAGUGCCAUCAACAAGCUUCCCUGUGUGCACAUGUUUGCAUUUCAUGAGACCCAAGAGGUGCACGGAACCUGCCAGCUGAAGGGGGAGCUGGGUCUUUGCGUGGCUGAGCUGGAGCCCUUGGCCAGCUGGUUCAGCCCCCCGAGUGUCGUACCAGGACGCCAACGGAGCCUGGAAGCAUCUGAGGGUACCCCAGUGGAACUUUACUACAUCCUGCAAUCCACAGAGGGAGGCGAAUGCCAUUCAGAUGAGGCCAAGAAGGAAAACUUCCUCCGCUCAAGCCAGGAAGGAUUGUUUGGUUCCUAUACUUCCACACCUCUAAGAAGAAUCGGCGGUGUGAGACUCUACCAAAAUCCCAUCCCCCUCCAAUUGGCUGAACACAGACUGGAUCACAACUUUAUGGUUUUGGUGCCUGCCACACCAGUGAGUCAGAGAGAAACUGUCUCAACCUAUGUCACCGUAUCAGCCUAUUCUUCUGUGGAAAUGUUCACUCUCAGAGUGAAGUUGAAAGAAGGUGUGACCUUUCUUGGAGCCCGUCCUAGCAACCCCACGCAAUGGAUGUUAAGCCAGGAUGUGAGGAGUGAAGGACAUCGUGUAGUGACCCUCCGUUGCCACAAAAAAGAAUCCAGCUUCGACCAGGAGAGGGAGGACAUGGGACCUCAGAGGGUUUUACAGGUAGAUCUGAAGAUUGAGAGUUUCCCAGAGCUGCUGGGCAGCCGCUGGAUGACGUGGCAGGUGGAAUACCCGGCCAGCCACUCUGCCACGCAGGAGGCCGACACGGAGAUCCGACUGGCGCAAGAGGAUUUAGCAGGCAUCAUGCCUUUGGCCAUGAAUACUGAGAUUUUAAACACAGCAGUCCUGACCGGGAAGACUGUAGCUGUCCCUGUGAAGGUGGUAACCAUCGGAAUAGAUGCCUCAGUUAUUGAUGUCUCUGAGGCAGUGGAGUGUCGCACCACAGAUGAAGAUGUAGUCAAGGUGUCAGAGAGGUGUGACUAUGUUUUUGUGAAUGGCAAAGAGAUGAAGGGCAAAGUGAAGAUGGCGGUGAACUUUACAUAUGCCUACCUGAGUGCUCAGCUUGAGCUCAAUGUGUGGAUACCCCGGCUUCCCCUCCAAAUCGAAGUGUCUGACACAGAGCUGAGCCAGAUUAAAGGCUGGCGUGUGCCCGUAAUGGCCAGCAAUCCCAGGGCCACCCGUGACAGUGAGGAUGAUGAAGAUGAAGACAAGCGAGGAAGAGGCUGUACACUGCAGUACCAGCAUGCAAUGGUACGAGUUCUGACUCAUUUUGUUGCAGAAUCCGCCAAUCCCAGGAGCCAGACCAGCUACAUGUUGGGCACAGAUUGGCAGGUGGACAUUACGGAAUUAGUGUGGGAAUUCCUCAAGGUUGAGAACCCUCAGAUUGCAAAACUACUGGACAGACGGAUACUUGCGGGACGUGGCGUUGGAAUGACCUCGAUUCAGGUGCUGUCUCCUCUCUCAGACUCAAUCCUAGCAGAGAGGACCAUCAUGGUGGUGGAUGACAAAGUGACCAUCGCAGAGUUGGGGGUACAGUUGGUCACAGGACUUUCCAUGAGCCUGGAGCUCAGUCCAGGAAGCAGCAGAGCAAUCCUCGCAACCACAACUGCACAAGAGGUUCUGCGGAGCCCCAAACAGGAGGCCCUGAUCAGUGCCUGGUUGCAGUUCAGCGAUGGUUCUGUGGCUCCUUUAGACCUGUACAACUCCGAUUUUUUCAUCCUGACAGCCACAUCCCUGGAUGAGAACGUGGUGACAGUGCAGCAGAACCCCUCAUGGAAAUGGCCUGUCAUCGUGACAGAGGGAGAGGGCCAAGGCCUGUUGGUCAGGGUAGAAAUGACUGUUUGUGAGAUUUGCCAGAAAUUCAAACGGCGUAGUAUCCUGGCAGCAGGCAACUGUAAUGUCAAGGUGAAGUUUGGUUAUAGUGACAGCUCUCGAGGAGAGAGCAAUGAUUAUGGCACCGAUGGUGAGGAAAUAGAGAACAGAGGAAGGCCGCCCUCGUCCGACAGGAUUGGGCUUGACACCCACUACUAUGGCAGCUCAAUAUCUGACAUGGAGCAAGGGGUUUUUAAUGUGACAACCACUACUGGAAGCGGGAUUAUGAGCAGAACUAAUGGGGACAAACUCUCUGGUGAUGGGAGUGAGACUAUGCCGAUAGAUUUUGCUGACUUUCCCGCUCAAGUGGAUCUUCCCCGUGGGCGCAACAUGGAAGAUGACCUCAUACAGACUCCUCGUGGUCUCACAGACCUAGAGAUUGGCAUGUACGCCCUCUUAGGUGUCUUCUGCCUCGCUAUCCUGGUGUUUCUUAUAAACUGCAUCUCCUACACGUUGAAGUACCGACACAAAGAGCUGUCCAUUGAGGGCCAGGAGAAUCUGAACCAUGCGCAUGACUGGGUGUGGCUGGGAAAUGAGGUGGAGCUGCUGGAGAGCGAAAUCAGCUUGUCCCCCCAGCAGGAAGAGCAGACGUCCAUGAUAGACUCAGGCAGUGGGCUGGAGGAAGGCAGCCAUCUGUUAAAUGGAGGCUCGACUCAGAAGAACGUUCAAAGCCAAGUACACCGGGCGGCCGAUGUGGGCUGCCUGACCAAGGAAGGUAAAGGAGAAUCACCGACCACCAAGAGGAAGCGAGUACAAUUCACCACAUUUACCACCAUGCCCUUGGACAGUGGCUAUCCGACUGUCAGCACGCUAACCCGAUGCCACAACCAGGACAUUAAGUGGGUGUGUCAGGACGUGGCGCUUGGAGACUCCAAGGAGUUGCACAAUUACAUGGAAAGGCUAAAUGACAGUGCUUUAAAAGAUGCGGCAUAAUAAACUGAUGCACACAUCACAACUCACCCUUUUGCCUUUCAGGGGAAAGUGGGUCUGGAUUUAAGUUGAACUCAGACAACUCGAGCAUCAUAUCCAACCUGCCAAAGGCUCAACGACAUGUAAUGUGACAUGUAAAAAAAAAAAAAAAUAUUGAAUGAGGACUUGGUGGUAUUUUUUUUCUUUUGUUAAUUCCUUUUUGUUUUAUAGUUACAUGAUUAGUAACUUUACCAGUAAUGAUCCGCUGCCGAUAAAGCUUUGAAAUUCAGAUGGUACAUAGAAUAUAGGUUAUAUUUUGGUUCUCAGUUUCUCCCAACAAAUUGUUGCUGUUGAAGGAAAAACCAAGGUUGAACAAAAUGUGUGCAUGUACAAUAGCUGGAAAGAAAUAGGCACAAUGUUUUUGUUCCUCAUCCUCCCAAACAAGGCCAAGUGUACAACCUCAUACAAAUCAUUGUAUUGUUCCUCUGUAUGUUGUAUUUUCAUAUCAUUUAAGGAAUAUACGACAAUGUCAAGAGUGUGUAUCAGCUUUUAUUCAGUGUAGCAUUAUAAAAUAUCUCAUUUGUCUGGAUAACUUUCACCGUUUUUCAAAAAGAGGGUUUAAGAACAUCGACCACAUUAAUCCUUCUUGUAAGAGUUUUUGAUGCAAAGCAAUUUAGCCAUACUGCAAGAGCUUCAGUCCUUUAUUGCUGACCAGUAGAGGAAAAGAGUGGCCACUAAAGCAUCCCUGUCCUUAAAAAUAUGUCCUCUCAGGACAGCGAGAGCAUUGAAGGGCUUUUAAAUGGCUGGACAACAUGGUAAUGUGACAUUUCUUAUGCUGCCCCUGAGUUUUGUAAGCUUUGAAGAAAAUACCAAUUAAGGUCUUGUUAACCUCUGCCCAAAGCUGCCUGCAGAGCAUACUGAAAAAUUAGGGUGUGUUCGCAAGCAUUCAUGGAAAAAGAAAAGUGUUAUAAUUACAAGCAAGGUCGGACAUGUUUUUUUUUUCAUAAUUGCACAAAUAAUAAUAAUCUUUCAAAUAUCACAAACAAACGCAGCCGUCUGAAAAAUUAUAUUUUUCUCUGUUAACGUCAUUAAUGUCACAGUGGUGUCGACUAACUAUUUUUUGGCUUUCUGAGUGUUAUUAUUUUCCAUCAAGCCGAGAAAUGUUCCUAUUAUGUUAACUGUAGCUGCAGUGUUGCUCAGACUGUUAAUGAGCAACACUCGACAUACUGCAGUUUGGAUGACGGGAGACCUGAGAUACUUCAUCAGCCACUAGCUUGAGUAUAAUUGGGAAUGUCAAACUCACACAAGUAUACUCACACACAUUUGACAAGAAAGUUCAGUCUUUUUUUCUCUUUUGCCCUUGUUUAAUUAGUUCAAGCAGCUUGUUGGUUCUCACUUAUCUCCUUCAGUGUUCUUUCAAUUAUUCCAGCACUUUAUCAACCAAAAACAUUGCCAAAGAUAAAAUCACCAGUUUUAUGAAGCUACAUUUCUGUAUAAGUACACCAAAUGGUUCGGGUGGUAACCCACUAUAAGAAAUAGCUGACUGCCAGCAGAAUAUUAAAGGGACAGACAACUAGUAUAAAUGACCUUCAUUUGAAAAUGAAUUCAACUUCUAGCACUGUCAACGGUACUGAAGCAUGACCAUUCACAGCUAGUUCUCCUGAUUUAAAUGAAGUGGACCUAUAUUGUUGUCAAGUAUGUAAAUCACAUAUUCUUAGACCUCUGAAAACAAUGUUUAAACAUAAAAAAAAAACAAAGACUGCUUAUAGGUUUAGUAAUUUUGUGACGUCAGUUAUACUCACACACGCUCACUGAUACUCGAACACAGGUGCAUGUGAUAAUGACUAUUACCGUAUUGGCCCAAAUAUAAGACGGCCCUGAUUAUAAGACGACCCCCUUUUUUUCAAGACUCAAGUUUGAAAAUAUACUUUUUGAACACCAAAUUGUUAUACAGAAAAUAAUUACAGUACAUCCGAAACAAAUGAUUAUAACAAUAUAUUUGAGAG